AACGACUCUAAACUCAGAUCCAGCCAAGACGGGCCAUUAACGGCAAAAAUGUGCUUCAAAACAGGGCUGUUUAUGAUAGCCAUUCUUGUCGUAAUUGUUGAAUGCUCCAAACUCAGAGAACGUAGAACUUUUAGAAAACUCCGUACUCUGCCGCAGUCAAGCAUCAUUCCGUUAUCUGGGCUGACUGAAUAUGAUACAUUUUACAGAGAUAUWUUACGUCCAAUCAUGAAGGUCCGAGUAUCUGGCACGGAGAAUCACAGCCAAGUUCGUAAGUUUAUCAAGAAACAAUUUGAAGACCUCAAGUGGUAUGUGACAGAAGAUGUGUUUGAUGCUGUCACACCAUAUGGCAACAGUGUUACCUUUAAAAACAUUAUUGCAACACUGAAUCCUACUGCACAGACACGCCAUGUUAUGUCAGCCCAUUACGAUUCUAAAUUCUUCAACAACACAGAUAAAGAGUUUCUUGGUGCUAUUGACUCUGCUGUACCUUGUGCAAUGUUAAUUGAGCUUGCAAGAACUCUCACUCCAUUGUUUAGGAAGAAAGGACUGAGCAAUGUGGUAACACUACAAAUGGUAUUUUUUGAUGGUGAGGAGGCUUUCAAAGAAUGGAGCAAAACAGACUCUUUAUAUGGAUCAAGACAUCUGGCUUGGCAGUGGGAAAACACACAGGAUGACUUUAUGCCUCAAGAUGCAACUGCAUCAGUUUUACCAAACCUUUUAGACUCAGUGAAUUCAUUAAUUCUUCUAGAUCUUUUGGGAUCUGCAGCUCCUAAAAUAUAUGACAUGCAUCCACCAACAACAGUUUUGUUUCAAGAACUCAGGAAAGCAGAGGAUAUCCUGAAUGCUGCUGGUCAGUUAGAGGACUAUAAUCACUUUCAGAGAUAUUUUCAAUAUUCAGAAAACAGUAUGCAAAUCUAUGUAGAGGAUGAUCAUAUACCAUUCAUGGAAAGAGAUGUUCCAAUCUUGCACCUGAUACCAGUCCCUUUUCCAGAAUGCUGGCACAAGUUUUGUGAUAAUUAUGGAGCCCUCCACAAUGCUACAAUUCACAAUCUGAUCAAAAUUAUGAGAGUAUUCACUGUUCAUCUCUUCUCCUUGUGAAAUUCAAAUCAUGAUCAAUUUCUAAUUUCUCCUGAAAGAUUAUUUCCCCCAAAAGAACUUUAACAAGAAGUUAGAAAUUGAUCAAUCUAAAUCACACCUCAGUAUAUAAACUCUAAAUGUAUAUCACAACCCUAAUAUAUAUAACAGACACCUCUAAAUCAACAUCUCAUCAAUACAAUACAUAUACAUAUACAAUACAACACAAGACAGUAAUACAAACAAUACAAUACAAUGCAAUACAAUACGAUACACAAUACAAUAAUACAAUACAAACAAUACAAUAAUACAAUACAAUAAUACAAACAAUACAAUACAAACAAUAUAAUUGUUUGAACAUGAGUAAACUCCAAUAAAGCAACAAAACACAGAUAUAUAUCACAGACACCUCUGUAUCACAGAUGUAUCUCUACAUACACGUUGAAUUUAGCUUCUAGAUGGAAUGUGUACUGUAAUGUUUGAAGAACAGAGGUGGUUGUGUGUAGGGUCCAUUGAUCAAUUUGAUUUUAUCUAUGAUAGCACCAUGUUGCUCACAGUUGCAUUGUUUGAAUAUCUUUGCAGUCCAUGUCUAUAGGUUUUUCUUGAUGGCAAAAUUUAAUAUAUUAAUACCCCAUCACUACCAGUAUAUGAUGGUCAGAAACAUGUUUAACAGCGCUAGAGUUUUAUUAUAUGCAUGCUAAAUAUCAUGAAUGUUUGCAUCUAUUCCUGUGGUUACAUAUUCUAUACUGAUGCAUCAUUUACAAAUUGUUGUUGGAUAACAUAAUUAGUUAUGUAUCAGUAGAAGAUAUUUAGAGCAUGGUGGUUAUUAAACCUGUCAAACAGGUUUGAUAGUCAAGUAGACACGAAAGGAUACAAUUGAAUUAGACCCUUGGUAAGGUGGACUAGUUUCCAAUACCUAUUACUUGCGUUUUUUAAUUUUUACCCUUAAUGAGUAGAAUACCAAAGUUGAGAAACAAAAUGUCUUGGAAUAUUGCAUGUCCAGUCAGAAGUACCAAAUCUUUCAUUGACCAUUCCUUUGUCAUGACGAUAUCGUUAGUAUAUUAAGCUUUGAAGAGAUUUAUUUAUUAGAAAGAUUGUCCCUUGAAACAAUAAUUGUUUCUUAGCAUGCCUGUCAAUUGAUAGUAAAAUUGUGGCAUGUAAUUAUUAUUAGUCCCACAAUAUCAAGUCACUACUUUUCAUGCCCUUUAAUAAUAUAUUAACAUUGAUUGUAUUUUUUUAUAAACACAUUGGUGCAUGAAUAGUGUUUAUUUGGAAAGCAUUUUAUAUUUUAAUUACAAGAAAAACAAGGUAUGGGUAUAUGCUGCAAUUUUCUAUUGUGCUCACAAUGCAUUGUGUCUGCAAACAAUGUCCUCCAAGGCAAAAAUCAAUAAAAUUUUUAAACAUUUUUGCAAAACCUUUUAUUGCAAGAAAAACAUAAUUCAUUGCUUGAGUGAAAAAGAAUUGCAGUGUUCAUCCACAAUAUCCAAGAAUCAUUUCAAAAUCAGAAACAGGAACAAAGGAUACGUGUUAAUUUCCAAUUACAAUUAAUUACAAUUCACUAUUAAUUUUCAUUUUUAAAAAACAAUACAUUUAUUAGCAUGCAUAAAUCUAAUGUUUGGGUAACAGAUACAACAAGAGCUCAAUGAGAGGCAGAGGUCGACUAAACUAUCAAAACAACAGCAUGACAAACAUUAGGAAGCAAGCCAUGUCAUCUUUUGAUUGGUGUCAUACUACAAUCAUUAUAAGAAACACUGAUAUUGUAUAUUCCUUUCACCAUGAAAACAGGCUUUGCUUACCCAUCCUGGGUGUCUGCUCUAAGCUCUUGWUAGACUGUAUUGUUAAUAUUAUAUAUACUAUAUAUACUAUUUCAUUUCUUACUGAGUAGUAACAAAAAAGAUUAAAUURUUAUUAAAAACACACUUACUUCA